GUAAUAAGUGCGAGUUUAUUUUGGCUGGUCGAAUACGAGGAAAACAGAAAACAAUAAUAUAUUGGUAAAGUUACAGCAAAAUACAAAAUGUCGUUUUUAUCUAACGCCCUAAUUGGAAAUCCAUUUUCAACAAGUGUCGGUGCAAAAAUAGAGCAAGCCACAGAUGGAACCCUGGCUUCUGAGAAUUGGGCCCUAAAUAUGGAAAUAUGUGAUCUUGUAAAUGAAACUGAAGAAGGCCCCAGGGAUGCCAUCAAAGCAAUUCGUAAAAGACUCACUCAGAAUGCUGGCAAAAAUUACACCGUCAUAAUGUAUACCCUUACAAUACUGGAAACAUGCAUCAAAAAUUGUGGAAAACGUUUUCAUGUAUUAGUAUGUAACAAAGAUUUUAUACAAGAAUUGGUAAAACUGAUUGGUCCAAAGAACGAUCCUCCAACUGCCGUUCAAGAGAAAGUACUGAGCCUGAUUCAGUGUUGGGCUAGUGCAUUCCAAUCUCAACCGGAAUUGUCGGGCGUCAACGCUGUGUAUCAAGAUCUGUUAGCCAAGGGCAUAGAAUUUCCUCCAACAGACCUAGAUUCUUUGGCGCCUAUCCACACUCCUAGAAAGAGCGUAACAGAAAAACCUGUUCCUCCCCCAGAACCAAGGCCACAACCAAGAGGGGAAUCUGCAUCUCCCAGACACGUUCCGCCUACUUUCACAGGAACCCUCACUCCUGAGCAGAGAGCUAAACUUCAAUCCGAACUGGAUGUAGUGCAGAGUAACAUGUCCGUUUUGGGUGAGAUGUUACAUGAGAUAAAACCUGGGGAAGAACAACCUGACGAGCUCGAACUGUUACAGGAACUGCACGUGACCUGUCAAAGCAUGCAACAACGACUGGUAGAAUUGAUAAGCAAAAUAUCCAACGACGGUUUAUGCGAAGAGUUGCUUAGAAUCAACGACGAGCUGAACAAUCUUUUUUUGCGGUACAGCAGAUGGGACAAGAACCGAGGGGUGGGCAUGAAACAGUCAUCCGCCUCCGCGAUGCUGUCGAAAGCGACGCAUCCAUCAGCCAUCAAGCCGUCUCAAUCCGCUGUCGCCAAACCGCCGUUGGAAGCGAGCGACAGUCUGAUCGAUUUCGACGACGAGGUGCCUAAAGCGUUGAACGGAUUAACAUUAACGCCUAAUAAGGUAGGCGGCGGCGACGCUUCUGUGAGUAAAAUUGACAAAAUAGGGAGCGACGAUUUCGAUAUGUUCGCCCAAUCGAGGAACGUUACUUACGAGAGUUCAAAAAAGAGUAGCAGCACUUAUAAGGACAAUCUAGAUCCGGAUCAAGUAGCGGGCGGUUUGAGUUCCGUAACACAACGAAAAGCGACCAAUCCGGAAGACCUUGAAAUUGACGAAAUGGCUAGUUGGCUAGGUAGAACGAGCGGCGUCGAAGAAUCCGUGACGUCUAGCGAUUUUGACAGAUUCCUGGCCGAACGAGCAGCGGCCGCCGAAAAUCUACCCACGAUAGCAUGUUCGACGAAUACCAAAUCAACCAAUUCCACCAAAGAUAAAAAGGCGGAUCUAUCGGCUGCAUAAUUUCCUUAUUUUAUGUAUAAAUACAUAAGAGUCUGAAAAAUUACAAUGCCCCUAAGUUGAGACAGAAUGCUGAUGUUGAUGAUAUUAUCAGGUAGUUCUUCAAAGAAAUUCUUUUUUUUUUUUUUUAAUUUAUUUCUUAAAUGGGGAAAGUCUCCUCUAUUUAUUUUCAUAAAUUGAUAAACUAAUACAUACAAUUUAUGUUGAGUAAUCGCUUCUGCUAUAACUAGAAAGGCAACAUUGAACAAGACUGCUUUUCUUCUAUGCACCCGAUUAAGAUUAUAUCAGUAGAAAAUACAAUGGAAAUUGUUUUUUAUAUUUUCAUCAAAGCAUUACACACUUCUCUUGUUGAAGUAAUAACGUUUUUUUCUGCAUAAUUCCCAAAUCAAGUUGGUAAUCGAUUAGAAACUCCAAUGUCACCAAGACCUUCCUAUCAGUUAAAAUAACAAAUCUCAAUGUCAAGCAGUAAAAAUUUAUUAAAAGGUUGUGAAAUUGGUACAAAAAAUAAAAAAUUAUAUUUCAUAUUUUUCCACAGCAAUGUUUUACUGUGGUAUAUUUGGUACAAUCCUCAUAUUUUUGGGUUCAAAUCUAUGGCUACCUUCGAGCAUAUUUAUUACAUAUAGACACCAUUCAAUAAGAUUUGUUUGGUUAAAAAUCUAAAAUAUAAAUUAACCGAUUUUUGAAUAAAUGGACCUUGUUAAAAGAUUUCUAUUUAAUCUUUCGAGUUUAAAAGUUGAAUCCUUAAUUUUAAAUGCUUUAAAAUAAGUUUUACAAUUUGUACUGGUUGUACAUUAUAUCAGUACAAAAAACUGAAUCCCGGUAAAUUUCGCUUGAUUUGUCUUCUGUUAAAACAUUAAAAAAUAUUUAAAAAGCUUUACAAUUAUGAAGUACACCCACAUAGUUUGGAACUGACUGGAUUUUUUUAUUUCUGAUUGUCACAGUUAAAACAGUUUCCACCAUGUUCUCUUAUCUUACUAAAUAUUUCAAUAUGAUCUUAAAUGUAUAAUUUCCUUUAAAUACAAAUGUAUUUUUCUACACUCUCAUGUAUAAUAUCUAUUCUACGCACAGACUACAGAAGUAAGAGAUUACGUUCUACUGAAUUGAUAUAAUUUUAUCCAUUCUAGUAAGACUGUACAAUAUGAAAUCCACCAAUCACACUUGGUGACCAGGCUAUUAUUUAAAUUGUUUUUUAAAUAAGUAACAUUUCUAUCAAACUAAUUCAGUUUUUUUUUUUUUUUUAGUUGAUAUUAAAUAUAAUUGAAAAUGAGUAAUUAUUGUGAAGAAUCGAUAAAAAUAGCCAUUCCACAAGAUAUUCUUCUAAGAGUAUAUUUACAAAAAAAUCGUAAAUUUUAAUAAAACUACCUUCAAAUAAAAUGUAUUUAAAAUAAAUAAACAACAAUAGACGUAUUUUUUCAAUUUUCAUAUUAUUCCAGAAUAGAGAAAAAGAAAAUUUGCUUUUAUCGGGAAUUGAACCCGCGUUGCGAAAUCUAAAGUUGAACCCUUAACGAUCUGAGCCAUGAGGCCUUAUGUGAAUUAUCCAAUCAAAUAUGUGUAUAAACCAGAAAAAAAAACGAAAACAAACAUAUUGUGAUUACUUUUAAAUUAUUUUAAUAAAUAUCUAGGAUCUAGGUAUAAAAAUUAAUGUUAACAAUUUAAUCAUCAAAUCGAUUUUAAUAUUAAUAUAUACAUUCGCUAUAUCAAAAUAGAAAUACGUCUAACAUAUUUGACAGCUGUUACAGAAAGUAAAUUAUUAGGACACUUCCCAUUAAACUUAAUAAUGUGAUAUGUGUCGCUUUCCCUAGUGAUCAUAGGAAAACUACUAUUUCAUCUGGAUGUUGACUCUAUGUACAGUUGUAUGCUCGAAGGUGAUUACUGUAUCUCCCAUUAGUUAUGAUCCACACUGUAGAUAUCUGAUUACUAUGAAUGUUUGGAUAGUUCAAAAACGUGUGUCUACUUAAGUCCGCAGAUGGCGCUUCCGAUUAAGUUGGCAACGCGUUCUAAAAUCUAAAUUGUCAUUUGAGACCAUUCUGUCGGGCGUCAAAAUGACAAAUUUUAGUUUAAAAGCCCUUUGAAUCGAUCGAAGCUCGUAUAUCACCCUGAAAUGGUUUGGGAAAUGAAUUCCGUACCUUCAUCGAAGUAUAACACGAAUCUAAGGUGGAAAAAGGAUUGAAUUUCUUUUGAAACUGGACCCAAACCACAGGAUUCUUUCUCUCAAGAAGUUUUCCGUCUUAUUUCUGUUUAUUACUUUUUCAUAAUACAUUUAUUUUAUCGAAAAAAUUUACGAAGAACGAUAUGCUGAUUUUUGUGGUUCUGGUGUUUACAUUUUUGUUGUAUCUUAUAUAUUGCGUAUUCUGGAAUUAUAUUUACAUAGUAUUGGCCAUUUAUCUUAUUUAUUCUGUUAUCGCCCACAUGUAUUUUUCCAAAUGAUUAGAACGAUAUUAAAUAUAUAUUUUCCUUUUUAUAGUUCAUUAUAAUUAUUGAUUUAUUUUUUAAUUAUGUGUAUAUGUAAAAUAAAAACUAAUUGUGAAUCAUGUUCAUAUCCAAAUAUCGAAUUGGUUGUGUAAAACGUAUUUAAAUCUGUGAUACAGAAACCAAAUAUAAAAAAAAAGUUUAUGAAAAAGGUGUCUGUAUUGUCUAGUUUUAGGGAUACUGUAAAGUGUGUAAAUAUAAUUAUUUACCCUUUAAUUUGUUAUGGUUUAUUUUUUAUUAAAUAUGCUUAUCUUUUUCAGUUAUAAACAGAUAGGCAAUUACGAUUUAUACAUGCGAUGCGACAUUGCCAAACUUUUAAUAAUUUAUUGACAUAAUUUUUAAAUUAUUUCCGAAUAUUAACGUUGGGCAAACAUUUUGUAAACAAUUUUUUGUUAUUCUACCGGGCGACAAUGAAACUAGGGCCAUCUUAAUAUGUUAUUUAUUGAGCUAUUUGGAUAAAAUUUGGAACAAACAUACCAGACAUAAUUUUGACUUGAUAACAUGAUUACACUCUUAAGCAUAUUUAAUAAAAAAACUAAAACAAUAUUUAAAUCAAGUUUAUUUGUUGUUGCUUUUAUGUGGAUGAAAGGGGUAUUGUAAUUUGUUGUUAAUAAGUUUAUUUAUAUUCCUGUACUUAUCGUAAUUGUGGUACAUCCAUGAGGUAUAGAACGUAAUUCAACAUCCAAAGAAGUAACUAUUUUCUUGUUCGUUUAAAAUUGAUAUGCCUGUUAUGGCAUAAGAAUUAUGUGUUGUUAUAUCUUUCUUGGUGUUAAUUCUUCCAUUUAUUUUAGUCCUGUACGCAACCCUCUUAUUUUUUUCUGGUCUUCUAUUCUCUCUUGUCAUGUUUUACCUAAAUCUGUCUCUUUUCUUUUUCCACCUCGAAUACUUUUUUAACUUAUUUAUCUGAUCAGAUGACAUCAGUUUCUCAUUUUGAGAAUCAGCAGUUUCCACAAAAACGAAAAGUAACAUUUUUAAGUAUAUUGAUAAAAACGCUAGAGUUGAAAAACGCAAAUUUGAGAUUUUCGUUUUUUCUGAAUAAUUCAAGACAGUCCUGGAUAUGUGGGAUGUGUCCUCAUCCUUAUUAUGGCACCUAUCAAAAUGUGAUUAAACACAACACAAGACAAUUAUUGGAUAUUAAAGCCUACUACGGGCAAAUGCAAUUUUAAAUAUAUAUCGAAAUCCUUCAUACAGUUUAAAAACAUCCAGUACAUUUUGAUGUAGCUCUCGAUUUGAGUUGGCAUUAAUUUUGGAAAUUGUGAUUAGUGUCUAUACCUCAUAAAACCAUAAUAUAUUUUAUACUUAAAUAUACAAGUAAUUUUCAAAAAUUAAAUAAACCUAAUGAAAUUAGGUUGAUAUUUGUUGUUUCAUAGUUGUAAUUUUUAUUUAUUUAAUAUUUUAGUUAAUUUUAUUCGAGUAUUAAGAAAAUGGCUUUCAAACGAAUAUCAAAAUCAUUUUUUUUGUUAGAAAUUUUUAAAUUAUUUUUAUAUUAAAAGCUGGUAUUAUUUUUUACAAUGACUUAUUUAAAAUAAAAAAUUCAUGAGGUUUGUUUGUUUGAAACUCUUCUUCUAAUAUUUUUCUGUUUUCAAAUCAUUAACUAGG